AUGUCAGACUACCUCCCGGAAGAUCUUAUUUACAAAAUCCUCACAGGAUUGCCGGCGAAAUCGUUGAUGCGAUUCAAGUGCGUCUCAAAACGGUGGCGUUCCCUCAUCUCCGACUCACAAUUCGCCAAGACCCAUCUCCAGUUAGCUUCCACCCACCAAACCCUAAUCCACGGCUUCCUCGUAUGCAGCUCCCCUCAUAUCCCCCAGCUCGAAUCUUCCGUCUUGGAAUCUCCCUCCUUCGGCGACAGCUCUUCCCCCCGAAAGCUGGCCCACCCAACGGAGGAGGAGGGCUUACCUGUCCUGCUACUCGGUUCAUGCAAUGGUUUUGUUUUUACUUGCCUCGGGCGGGCUGGGCAUCCAUCUCGGAAUUACUCCAUCUGGAACCCUACAACCGGGUUCUUCCUGGAUCUACCCGACCCGGAAUUUCCCUACUACGACGAUCAUUACUUUCGCCGCUUUAUUCACCAUGGCAUUGGUUAUGUGCAUGAAACCGACGAGUAUAAAGUUGUGGUAUCAUCUUAUGAUGUCUCAACCCUGAAGGUGUUGUCGUUGAGGGAUCAGUAUUGGAGAGAGAAAACAUGUCCGCAUCAGUUUGUAGAUCAUGAGACUGAAGGGGUUGGACUACAAGAGACGCUGCACUGGGUUGUUUUCGACUAUGAACAUGAACCCCCACUGGACCCUGAACCGUACAUGGUUGCUUUCGAGCUGAGAAAUGAGGAUUUUCGAAUAAUGCAGCUUCCUUUGGCUGCUACUGGAGAAGAUCUGAGUCUGGCGCUGUUUUCAUGGAGAGGAUGCAUGUAUUUAUGA